GAGAGGGAGAGAGAGAGAGAGAGAGAGAGAGAGAGACACUUUCCGUCUCUGAAAAGCAACACGAGCUUCUAAAUUGACGCUCCCUCCGCCUCUGUCAGUAACAACGGGGUCUCUUUUUUUGGGCUGAUUCAGCAAAAACACUCAGCUCCUGAAGCGCGUUAGCCUCUGCUGGACUUCGUGGACACGGGAUCGUGGCGCACCUGAGGAGCUGCCAGUGGCAUCCACAGCGACAGCUAUGGACAUUGAGACAGACUGUUCAGAGAACAUAUUGCAACCAGAAUCUGACCAGAACCGUGAGUCUCCUAAGAGCCCACCCUUGGAUCUGAUUGACACAGGGAAAGGCCUGAAGGUACAGACAGCCACCCCUCACCUGGUCAGUCUGGGCAGUGGUAGGCUAAGUGUGGCCAUCACUGUACUACCUCUGAAGGAGGGAAUAACGCGCAUUGGCCGCGAUGACGCCCCUGUGCCCCAGGAUAUCACCAUUGAAGGCCCCGGCAUUGAGGCAGAGCACUGCCUUAUUGAGAACAGAGGCGGGGUCAUCACUCUUGAUCCUUGUGGACACCUCUGUUCACUUGAUGGAGUUCCCAUCACCAGACCCACCCAGCUGACGCAAGGGUAUUCUCUCUGUUUGGGUAAAUCCUACUUCUUCCGUUUCAACCACCCAGAAGAGGCCAACCGGAUGAAGAGCAUGCUGCCUCAAAAGAGCCCCGUGUCUCCGCUGGUCUACAGCACAGACUAUCUGAAGUUCAGCAGUGAUUUCAGCCACAGCAUGGGCGGGCCCAGCUCCAGAGGCAUGCGCUCUGUGUCCGAGCUGCGUGAAUUGAUGGACACCCUGCAGAGAAAGAAACAGGCUCUGGAGAACAGCCUCCGAACCAGUGUGGACACCAGCCCCUCCUACUUCAGCAUGACCCAGUCUCCACCCACUACGCCCAAUUCUUUGUCACCUGUGACCACCUCCAGCCCUAUCUCAUCCUAUCAGGAGCAGGCCAGGCGUCUUUAUACCUCUGAUCGUCCACCCCUUUCGGUUAAAGUGCCCACCCACUCUUCCGGCAGCAUGCCCCCAUCGCCUCGGCGUUCGGACCCUUUGCGGGAGCGGGACCCCUCGUUGCCGUACUCGCGGCCUAUUACCAGGAACCAGUCCCAGGACAGCCUGCUCUCGGAGAGUCGCCGUGCUCAGGCGUCCAGCUCUCUGUUGUCUAUGUGGAAUGGUCCCUCCUCCAAUGUGGGCGAUUCCCUUCCGCCACCACCAGGGGGCAGUUUCAGCGGGACCACCAGCAUGCCUUCCAGCCCUCGACUGGCUCGCAGGCUCGGGGCUCAGGACACAGGCCGAAACGGUGCUCCAGAGCCUGCACCUCGCCAGAGGAAAUACUCAGCUGGUUCUUUGACCGGAUUGGGCGUGCACAGCCGCUCUUUACCCCGCCUUUAUCGCCCAGCUGACUCCUCACAGUCCCCUCUUGCCCCUCUCGUCCUCCCUGCACCCCGUCGCUCUCUGGAUAAUCGUUCAUCUCGGCCCUCCCUAGAGCAAAACCACGAGAAUGGCCAUACCGAGGUGGUAUCCAUCUCCCUCUCCACCAGGUCCAGCUCCAAAAGCGCCCCCGCGCCUCCUGACGUGACCGUGCCCUCAGGUACCACCACCAGCACCAGCCCCCGGCAGGCCAAGAAGGUCAGCCUGAUCUCCAGCGGAGCCUCCUGCUCAGAUUUUGAGAGACUGGUGGCCCAUGGGCCCUCCCCAUCUCCAGAGACGGGUCUGGGCGAGAGGAGGCAGUCGUUUGGAAAGGCCGGUCUGGGCCCACAAGGCGGCUUCCGUGAGAGGAAGGGCAGCAUCAGCUCCCUCAGUGGUAAGGAGGAGCUCCAGGACUACCACCAGAGACAACGUGACGAGAGACUACGAGAGCAGGAGGUGGAGAGACUGGAGCGCCAGCGUCUGGAGACCAUCCUUAGUCUGUGCUCAGAGCGGGAUCAGAGCAGCUCAGCCGUGGCGGACCUGCAGAAGAUCAAUAAGGAGCUGGAGAAGCUGCAGGUGUUUGAGGAUGAGCCCCUAUUCAUGGAAUCAUCUGGCAGUCCCGUGGAGAACGGCUACGGAUCCAGAUCCCAGGAGCUCCAGGCCAGUGAGGAGCUCCAGGUACGCCGGCGUCGUGGCAGCGGGCAGAGGGACAUGAGGGCGGAGUCACCUGCUAUAAGUCUUCACAGCUCCGCCCCCACCCCUUCUCCUCGACUGAUACGGCCCAGCAAGACCAGCAAGGGGUCCGAGGAGGAGCUGAAACAGGAGGUGACGCGUAUCGAGGAGGAGAGGAUCCAAGUGCUCAAUAACAUGGAGGAGCUUGAGCAGAAGAUCAAAGAGCUGGACAACCAGAUGGAGGAGUCUGUCAGAGAGAUGGAGGUGGAGCGUGCUCUUUUGGAAGGAGAGCAGGACUCUGAGAUGGCUCAGCUGCAGCAGGAGAAGGAUGCUCUGGAGAAACUCAAAGAAAAGAUGGCUGACAUGGAGAAGAAGGUGCAGACAGAGAAAUCUCAGGAUAAAGCCCAGCUCGAUGCUGAGCGGGUAAAGGUAGAGCAGCUGGCCGCCCUGCUGGCCGAUCAGCGUGCUCAGCUGGACACGUGCCCCGAGGCCCUGAAAGAGCAGCUCCUCCUCCAGCUCUCCAGGGACUCUGAAGUGUUAGAAGUGGAGACCAAACGCUUUGAGGAUCUGGAGUUCCAGCAGCUGGAGAAGGAGAGCCGUCAGGACGAAGAGAAAGAGACCCAGACCCAGCAGAUCCUCAGAGAGAUCGCAGAGUACCAGCGUAGCACCGUCACCCGGAAGGAAAAACUUCUAGCCCUGAAGAAGCAGUCAGCACAGAUAAUCCAGCAGGCCCAGAAGGAGAAGGAGAGCUUUUUGAAGGAGAAGAAUAACCUGCAGAUGAUGCUCCAGCGGGAGAAGGAGAGUCUGGCUAGCUUGGAGAAGAAGUAUGCUGAGCUCACAGGUGGGCGGGGCUUCCCUGUCAACCCCCUCAGUAUGAAAGAGGGCUAUGUCACAGUCAGUGAGAUCAAUGAACUAUAUUCUCAGCUGGGGGUAGACCCCACCCCAGCCCCCCUCCCUGCCUCAGCACAGCCCUCCCCUGAAGCCCCCACCUCUGGGCCUGAACCCCUCCCCGAGGACAGAAGCCCACCACCCGGACAGGACGAGCAUUUCCGAAGUAUGGAGGAAAGGAGGAGGCUGGGUAAGGACGGACAUUUGUGCGACACGCUUCCUCGGAAAAAGACGCAGCCGGCCGUGAACCCUCAGUUCAGCUGUGCCACACUGGGCCGCAACAUGCCUUCAAAAUCUCACCUGCCACUGGCUCAGAGCUCCAGCUGCGGCAGUGUGUUGAACCGGGUCCUCACAGUGUCUCCUAAAGAGACGGACACACGCCGUCUGCACAAGGGCUACAGUCAGCAGCUGGUUGGGGAAGAGAACCGGUCAAGACUGAAUGAGCUGAGUGGCCGUGCUGCCUCACAGACCAACGUCUACUUGGACUCUCUGGGUUACCGUGACAACGGCCACGCCUUCGACACGCUCAGCGUGGACAGCUCUGACAGCAUGGAGACCAGCAUCUCCGCCUGUUCACCUGACAACAUCUCCAGUGCCAGCACCUCCAAUACAGCCAAAAUAGAAGAGAUGGAGCGGCUUCUGCGCGAGGCUCAAGCCGAGAAACACCGGCUGCUGGAGCACAGAGAGCGGGAGAUAGAGGUGCGUCGGCAGGCUCUGGAGGAAGAGCGGAGGAGGAGAGAAGACCUGGAAAAACGGCUCCAGGAGGAAACGAGCAGACGGCAAAAACUCAUUGAGAGGGAGGUGAAGCUACGGGAGAAACAGAGGGCCCAGUCUCGGCCACUUACUCGCUACUUGCCCGUGAGGAAGGACGACUUUGACCUGCGGGGACACAUCGAGUCGGCCGGCCACAGCAUCGAGACGUGCUACCAUGUGUCCAUCACGGAGAAGACGUGCCGCGGCUUCCUCAUCAAGAUGGGUGGCAAAAUCAAGACCUGGAAGAAGCGCUGGUUUGUCUUUGACCGCAACCGCAGGACACUGUCCUACUACGCAGAUAAGCAUGAGGCCAAGCUGAAAGGAGUUAUUUACUUCCAGGCUAUUGAGGAGGUGUAUUACGACCAUUUAAAGAAUGCACACAAGAGCCCAAACCCGUCCCUAACCUUCAGCGUAAAGACUCAUGAUCGUGUGUAUUACAUGGUGGCUCCUUCUCCUGAGGCCAUGCGAAUCUGGAUGGAUGUCAUCGUCACAGGAGCUGAGGGGUACACUCAGUUCAUGAUUUAGGAGGGCUUUUCCAGUGUGUGCCUUAAAGUCCGGACUUCUUCCACUCUCCAUCGUUGGCCGCCGGUGUUGAUGUCUUCAGUAGUCUGGUAUGGACGGGUGCUGUGCACCUCCUCCAGCUUCUGGGCUUCUUCUAACCCAGGAUGUGUCACGUGAUCCAGUGGCAGAGCCCUGUGUAGAUGUGCAAAUGUUUCCCGUGUCAUUGGAUAUUGUAUCCCCGAUUGACUUGUAGGUGCGGUGGUCAUCUGGCUUGCAAGGUUAAGGUCUCAGUAAUGGACUGGAUGUGUAUCUUUGCAUUGCAUUCUAAUGCGCUUUAAUGGACUCUAUCUAAAGUGCCUUCAAAUGCUGAUGAAGCUGUAUUCUGUCUGUGCCUUACUUGUUACAUGAACACUUUUUAAGUUCACUCUUAAAAAUAAAGGUACCGAAAAUGGUUCUUUGAAGUGAUGCCAUACAAGUGCUUCUUCUGGUUCACCAAAGAAUCUUCCAGUGUAUUUUAACGAGGUUCUUUUAAAAACCUCCAGUUUACAGUGUAAAGUUUCAGUUCUGAUUAGAGACUGAUUAGAGAACAAUGCAGAAACCUUUAUUUUUAAGAGUCUAGCCAAAACCAACGACUGCAACAGGCCAAAAAUUGUGUGUGUGUGUGUGUGCGUGUGAGAGAGAGAGAGAGAGAGAGAGAGCGAGAGCGAGAGUGAAAGAGAGGGAGAAAAGGGAGAGAGUGAGAUAUACACACUGAGUAGCCAUGUUUCCAUUAAGAACCCCCUCAUGGUAUCUAGAUUAAUCCAGUGUGGUGACCGAAUGUUCCCCUCCUGCCAAGCUGGUCCGCCCUGGCAGCAUCCGAUCUACUUUGUCAUUAGGUGCCAUCAGUGCAGCACUGAAUUAUUACUUGUUUAAUUUAAGGCCUAAUUUUGUAGAGUGAUAGAAUACUAGCCAACUCCUAUUGUUGCUGCCAAAAAACUGUCUUUCCAAACUGGUAAGAAAGCAAAAUGGUCCUAACUUUUUAGGUAAGAGUAAUGUGAAGUUUUAUUCCCAGUGAUUUUAGACCAUUUUACUCAUCCAUUUGUCAUGAAAAUGUACGCAAUGUAAAAGACAACUGCCAUGUUUACAUAGUAUAGAGUUGUUGUUUUUUUUUUCUCUUUGAACAGUGACGAUACAGUAGUAGUAGUAGUAGUAGUAAUUCUACUAUGCUAUCUAUUUAGCUUUUGGAGUUUAACUUUAAUACUCCUGUAAGAUCCCCUCGUUGAAUCGCUGGGUGUCUUAAAGCUAUACUAUGCCAGUUUGAGGACUUGGAGACCCCUCUGGUGGAAAUGUGUAAUUGCAUGCAACAUGCAGAACAUUUUGUAACAUGGGUUGUGCUUUAGACCCCUUCCCCACUAUAUUUUUGCCAUUUCGCCCACCCUCAGGCCUGAGCCUUUCACUGCCUUCACGUAAAAUGAUGUAAGCUAGCUAGCUGAGUGCUGCUAUCUGAGCCAUGCUUUGGCCAAAUGGUCUCUCUUUUAAUUUAAUUAAUUCCUGGUCUUAUAUUGACCGUGUCCACCACAAUGACUUUAUCAAAUUUGUUUGUUCAAUUCUGUGUUGCCAAAUUAAGUGAGCAAAAUCACUUUCUUGGUAGAUUAAAUGUUUUUACAUUCAUCUCACAUUCAUGUAAGUGACCAGUAACCAUGUGACUGAUUUUCUGCCAAUGUAACCACAUCUAUAAAGUUGGGAACCACAACGGUCACCACACUGGAACGUUGUAUUGCAGUGAAUUCCAAGUGGUUCCAGGCAUGAUGCAUUGAUGGAACACUCUAGACUGAGAUCACUGCACUCUCCAUCAUGUUUGGUGGGACACCUUAAUUCUAACAUUGAAGGGCUACAUGUUGAGUGACUGUCAUACGCUUUUAUGUGUUUGGAAGUCCUCACCUUGUGUAUUGGUCCUCAGGGAUGUCUACAGCGAUAUUAAGGGUCAUGCUGUUUUUUCUACCAAAGACAAGUGGAAACACAUAAUCCACAAUGCAAAGUCUGUGUAAAGAGUCUACACAGUAACACUUGAUUACAGGGGGACAUUAUCCUACCCUGUAAUGCUCUUAUUUAAGCUCCUAGCUUGUAUAUAACUGGCUGCACAUUACGAUUUCAUUAAGCAGUGGCUAGUCUGGAAGCAUUUGCCAUGGUUUUAGCUCAUUUUUAAUGUGUUGUAUUUAUUUGUCUCUUUUUUUUCCUUCAUUAUAAUCUUUUGCAAUUCAUUUGUUGAUAUGAAGACACCAGCUAGCAUCUUUUGCCUCAAUGCAGUGUACUGGCUAGAAGUGACAUUAAUACAGUAGUAUGCAACAGUUUUACAACCCCCCCAUCCGAAUGACAUGUUCAGUUGAAUUUCAAAGUGAAAAUAAGUCACCGGUCCUCCACAGAGAGCACACGUAAACAUGACCAUUUUCUUUCCAUUUUACUGCACACUUGCUAUUUAUUUACUGAGUUUAGCACAAUGGUAAAAAUAAAAUAGAAAAUGUGCCAUAGCGUUUGCACCGAUGACGUUUUGUUUUUUCCCCCCAAUAUGUUAAAUUCAACAAAUAAAUAGUAAUCGUACAUUAAAAUGUGCCGAAGUGUGUUCUCUGUAGGGGAUAUGUUAACUUAUUUGCUUAGAAAAUCCACAAAACACAAACCAUAAGACUGUAAGCACUGCUCAUGCAGACUCAAUCUUCAGACCCCAAGGUCUAGAUUUCAGAAGCAGAUCUCAUUGGUGAUCUUAUGAUUGAGGUUAUUUAUAUGUAUUGAAAGAAACUAUGCAUGUUAUAGACCCAGUGUUUAGGUAACUGUUUAUGAUGUACAAACAUAAACAUGCUCUGAAAAUACUA